GGCAAGGCCAAGUGGGGCGCGGUGCCCACACCACGUUCAGAUGCUAUAUAGCUCACCGCGCCAUAGGUAUAGCUACCCAGAGAGAGUAGAAAUAAGUCGUUGAGCUCCAAGAUGGCAGCCGCCGCCACCACCACGCCGAGCAACACGCUUACCAUGAAGCUACUCGUCGAUUCCAGACCGCUACGCCAGCGCGUGGUGUUCGCGGAGGCCGGCAAGGACACUGUCGACUUCCUCUUCUCCCUCCUCUCCGUGCCGGCCGGCACGUCCGUGAAGCUGCUGGGGAAGGAGUCCAUGGUCGGCUGCACGGGGAACCUCUACAGCAGCGCCGAGAGGCUCGAGGACCCCUACGUCCAGCCCGACGCGGCCAAGGACGAUAUCCUCUGCGCCGCCAUGAUGCCGCCCCCCGCCGCCGCGCGACCCAACAGCUGGGUCUUCCCCUUGCCGGAGCCAGCGCCGGCGGCUCCGGCCCCAGCUCCGAAGAAGUUCUUCAACUGCUUCUAUAGCUACUACUAUUCCGGAUGCAGCAGGUACGUGGCGGAGGUGAGUGGCACUCGUUGCCCCAGCUGCAGCAACCAGAUGUCCAGGGACGCCAACCUUAUCGGGUCGCCGUCUCCAGUGGCCAAACCGGAGAGGAAAGGGUUCGUGCAGGGCGGCAUGGUGGUGUACACGGUGACGGACGACCUCGUGAUCUCGCCCAUGUCGAACGUCUCCACCAUCGCGCUGCUCAACGCCUGCGGGGUGAGGGAUUUCGGAACGCUCCAGGAGAGGACCGUGCAGAUUGGGUACAAGGAGGGUUUGGAGAUUCUCAAGGCGUCGCUGCAGUCCAAGACUGUGCUCACUGAUGUUUUCCUUGGCAAGAAGCCGCCUUCGUCGAUGAAAAACGGCGGCAGCACCCCUCAGUUGAGCAACGGCAGAAGACAUGACUCUCACACAUGGCGUGCGUGAGCCAGCCAGCUGCCAGCCUUGAGGCGUGCGUAUGUGUAGCUGGACUUGUGUUGGGAGCGAGCUAGCUUACAUCAGGUUGCAUUGUCGUGUAAUUAGUGUACUAUAUAUGAACCGGCAAAAAGAUCUUGUUAUCUCUCUCUCUCUCUCUCUCUCUCUCUCUCUAUAUAUAUAUAAAAUCAAAAGUCCUGGGUUCUGGUCCAUCAACAACCUCAGACGGAACACCAGAUUUCUUUUGGAAGUUAAUUUCA